UGUCUUGGCUUUUUUCUUCCUUCCUUGCGGACUCUGUACUCUUCGCUGAUUUCUGCCUCACGACUUGGAGAGACUUCAUCCUUCCCUUCACGGACGUUCGGCCCCGUUAAAACAGUGUGUCGCUGCACAGGUCAUAAAUUUCGUGACGACUGCAUGCUCCGCGUGCUUGCGUUCCCUUCUUCUCCACACACGCUUCUCUUUCCCCUGUUGAAGAAAACGAUAUGAAUUUCUUCAGGGAGCCCGGCAAAACCAUCCCGUAACUUCGGCGGUCUGUCUGUCCCCCGGUGGAGAAGCCUCGAAACCGGUUCCAGUGCUUCGAGGGUUCUUUUCUUGGUCUCUUGUUCCCGCGCGACGAGAAUUGCCUGUCUUUUCCCCUCUACUGCUGCAUGCUCGAACUCGCCGUUCUAGAAGGGAACUUUCCUCCAACGAUGUCCCUCUCCUUCUCCACCGCAGUUCUCUCGCGACGCAGGCACCUCCAGAGAGCCGUGAAGCACUGCAACCUCCACAGCCGCUUGCCGCUGCUUGCCCGCCCAUCUCCCGCGUCCUGCACAACCUGCAGACGUUCCUUUCUUCCUUUUACGACGCGUUUAACAUUUUCUGUCUGGGCAGCUCUUUUGGAAAACUUUCUCCCUCGCGCAUUCCUCUUCUACUUCAACGCGUCGCGUCUGGGCAGUUGCUCUGUGGCCGUCCUCCUUCUUUUCUCGGUCCGUCUCGGCCGGCUUCUGCGUCUCUGUGUCUCGACCGUUCCCUUGCUCGAAGAAGAACUCCCUAGAUCCAACUCGCGCCAUGCACUCGCCUUUGCCCUCUCAACGGCGUCGAGAGGAGCCUGAGUCCAGUCUUCCUCAGAAGCGCCCUCGCAACGCCAGCUCCGAGGACCCCCCCUUCGCACCCACCCUCCCCUCUCUUUCUUGUUCCAAUUCGCCACUACGAUGUCGAAACUCGCCGCGAGCUCCCAGUCCAGCGUUGGCGAGCGCAGCUCCCCCAAGUGCUCCGAGAGUCGGCAGCGCGCCUGGAGUCCAGGGCGGAGCGUCCCCAGCGUCACUGGAAUGCGUCUUCGCUCAGGUCGCCGCUCUCACAGCAGCCGAUUCUCCAGACGUCCAAAACUGUCUGGUCCGACUGCAGAAAGCCGCCCGCGAACUCCUGACUCUCGUGAGGGAGGAACACGGCCUCUUGUUCGUCAGAAGUGACUUCGCUCCUGCUUUUUCUCGAGGCGAGCGACCCAGUGGGAACUGCAGGAUCCCUCAGAACGGUGGAGAUCCCAACGCAGGCUCGCGAGGCGGCGAGGACGCGAUAGAGCGCGACCGGCUCCGAGUGUACAUCCACCGUGCAGUCCCGCGGUUCCUCGCCCUCGGAAGCCACGCGCUUCCGGUCUUCCGUCACUUUUGCAUGCAGUUCAUUGCUCGUCUCGUCCAGCUGGAAGGCCGCGCGGUGCCCCUCGCGCUCGGAGUUUUGAGUCGCGUGCUAUCGGACGCCUGGGAGAACCGCGGCGACGCCGCUUCUGCCUUUCUUCUGCAUGCAGCGAUCGACGUCGCAAGGAGAUUCUGGAAAACGCUGCUGGUCUUUGCUUGCCUCGCCGCAGCUCGCCUACGUCGCUACGGUCCCGUCGGAGUCCAGGACUUCUUCGGAGGAGAAAAGGCGACUCUCGACGGCUUUCGCGCGCUUGUCUCCAUACGCACUGUCCUUCAUAACCUCCUUGCCGCCCCGUCGGCCCUCUCUUCUCCUUCUGCAUCUUCUCCUCUCUCGUCUGCUGCUUCUCCUCUCUCGUCUGCUGCUUCUCCUUCUUCUCCUUCUCCUUCUUCUGCCUCUUCCCCCGGUGCUUCUUCUCCACUGGUCAGCUACGAGAGUUACCGAGGGGCGUUGGCAAUUGUCGAGCGGUCGUUGGAGUUCUUGUGUGAGAAGCCUCUGUCGGUGAAGACGAGCAGUCAGAGUCGCGGCCGCCCUUUCUCCAUUCCUCCUGCGUCUUCUCCUCUGGACGCCGAGUGGCCGCUCUUGCAGUUUUCUUCUCUUUCUUCUCUUUCUUCUCUUUCUUCUUCUUCCCCCUCUUCUGCUGCUGAGGCAGGCUCCGCCAAUGCAUGCGAAGGAGCGUCGCGCGCCGACGAGGCAAAUGCGUUGCCCCCGGUCUCUCCUACCUUCAGCAGUUGUCAGGUGCAGUACAUCCAAGAUGUCGACUCGCUUGUCCUGGCUGACAGCAGCCUGUUGAAGGCUCUCGAGGGAUGGGCAUCCAGCGACGGUGACCUGCUGCUCGCUCUUCUUCGCCGCCCUCCGCUCGUCUCUCCGUCGAGCGUGAGCGCUUCUUCUGGGUCUGCAGGUGGCGACGCAAGCGCAGACGAAGGUGGAGCAAAGACGGGAGACACAGGGGGAGAACGUCCUGGAGAAAAGACUGGAGAAACAUGCAUAUGCAAGAGUGGAGAGAGCCCCGUGGGCCGGACGCUUCCUGAAGAGCUCCAUGGGGAAAAAGACGCCUUGAGCGCCGGUUCUGGCGGAUCUGCUAUCGAUCCGGUGUCGUACACUUUCGUCAUCCAAGCUGUUGCCUGGAUAGGCAGCCGACGGCCACAGUACCUCCCUCGCUUCUUCCCGGCGCUUCGCGAACUCGUCGACCUUCUCCGCUGUCCAUCCAGACUGUCUUCUCCUCUCUCUUCUUCUUCCUCUCCUCCUUUGUCUUCUUUCUCGUUGUCGGUGUCCGGUCGUUUGCUGGCUCUCCCUGAGGGGACGCGAGAAGAUCUUCUCGCGGUCUUGUUGAUGGAGUUGCUUCGGCUUCUGGCGUCGCCUCUGUGCGCGAGCGGCGCGUGGACGGGGAAGGUGGUGGAGGCGUUGCAUGCAGGGGGAAAGCGAGGCUCCCUGCACACCCUGCUUCAGGAAAGCAGAGCCAUUUUCGCCGACAUGUGGAUCAAGAAGUCUCCCUCGCAAACCGCGCGAGACGCUCCGUUCUUCUCGCCCUGCUCCCUCUCUGCGUCGCCUCGCGAGGACUCGCCUGCGACUCCGAACGGAGGCUCGGAGACAAAAGCCGAGACCGAAAUGGAGUCCGAGGGGGAUGUGGAGGGUCUCUGCGUCGAAGAGGGAGCAGAGGUUCUGCGACAGCAGAGACUGUGGCGAAACGCAGACGAAUGUUCGUUCUUUCUGCAGCGCCAUAGACACAUCGACGCCGUCACAUGGCUCGCAGCUUCGCGGACGGACGACGAGCUCGUCGAUUUGGCGCUCAAGCAUCUGGGACAGACGCAUGCGCAGAAGCCACCGAAAAAUCCGCUGAGACGCGCGCGAGCCGGUGCCGGGCUGCGCGGAGUUGGACCGCGCGUGGACGCGAGUGGAGCAGACAGAGAAGACGCGCACACCGGAGCUUGUGCCUCUGUCGAGGAAGUGACGAGAGAACUGUUGAGAGAAAAGGAGGACGGCAGGGCGCUGUGGAAUGAGGAACCGGGCGACGCCUCACAUGCCCGAGAGGACGCUGACAUGCCUACGCUCUUCGACUCAGGCAUCCUGAAGCCGCGUUCCCUCGCCACCGAGAAAGAGCAGACUUGCGCCUUUUCCGACUGGACGCAGAGCAACGGAUCGCGACCAGGAGGAGCAGAGAUGAAAGAAAGCAUCGGAGACAAAGGGCCUCUCUCGCUGUCUUCCCUUUCUCCACUUUCUUCUGUUUUGUCUUCACACGAUUCCACACAAGUCGUGAAGGUUCCUCCUGUCGAAGCAGUGCACCGACACGGGCGUCUCUUCAAAUUUCUCAUCUUCCGUCAGAUGCUCAGGUCUCCUUUCAUCCCGCGAGUUGUUGGGUCGAACAUCUUCGCGUCUGCGCUCCAGUUCCACCAGAGGCGCACAGAAGUCGCUCUUCGCCUGAUCUUCUGGCCGAGUCAAGACGCGGAAACGCAGCGAGAGCUGUGCGCCGCGUUUCUACAUUCUCUCUUCAGCAACCGGACGAUGCCCGCGCUCGAGGAAACUGUUGACGGAGCUGAAGGACAUGACCAAGACGGCGAGCGCCUGGAGUGGCAUGUCCGCGUCAGCUCUCUCCUCGACCUUCUCUUCUACAAAGCCUCUCUGGAUGCAGAGACGCUCUCGAGUUUUUGUCGAUCGGCUGCUUCUCAGGAACUCCCUGUUUCUCUCCGCAAAGUGACGAAUGCACCAGGCUACCGAGCACGGGACCCUCUCUCACCUAGGCCUGCUCCUCGUCUCGUUGCCGACUUCUUCAGCUCUUCUCCACCCUCUUCUUCUUCUCCACCCUCUUCUCCCUCUUCUCCCUCUUCUCUCUGUGUUUCUUCGGCUGCUCGAGUUGCGAUUUUGGAGGGAGACGUUCAGCCGUCGCUUCUGGGAUGGCCGUUUUCUCUUCCAGGAGACUCUCCUGCGUUCCGCGCGCUUGCCGCCGGACAGGAGGAGAAGGCACCCGACGGGGAAGGCGAGCGAGGAAGAGAAACAGAAGAAGGGAGCGGUCACGGAAGGAGACUGCGUUACAAGCAAGUGCUGCAGCUCUGCCUCGACGCCGUCUUCUCUCCCAGCAUUUUAGCGGACAGCGUGAAGAGAGACAGCUACUGCCAGUUGUUGGCUCGUUUUUUCACUGAUCUGCCGCACAUCGGAGCUCUCGGCUUUCAACGCAUGACCGAUUGGGCGACCGGCGCCUCCCCUCACCCGCGCCGCCUCGCCGUCGCCGUCCUUUCUCAGCUGCUCAAGAGGGGCCAUAGUCUUCUGGAUCGGAGGACAGCUUUUUCGCUCGUUCUCACGCUACAGCACGCGGCACCUGAAGCUGUUCGUCGCUUGCUGCUGAAGCUGAUUAGCUCUCCAAAGGGCAUCUACGUCGUCCCCAAGGAGGGCGAAGCAGCAGAGCCACCAGCCUGGCAGGAGCCGCGCCGCCUUAUCCUUCACCGCUCGUCAAAUGAGCAUUCGUCGACUCCGCCUCUCUCUUGUGCCUUCCUCGUCGCCCCCAAGUCGUCGAAGGCUUCUGCCUCUUCGUCUCUCCAUUCGCCUCGUUCUUCUUCUUCGUCUGCGGUCGCCGCUUGUGAUCCUGGGCCGUUUGACCGCUGCUUCGAAGGAGCGCAAGGCAAGGUGGAGAAGGAAGGAGGUUUCUUAAUCGACCAAGAGGAGAGAGAAGGGUGGACGGACAUGCGCCAGUUCGGCCGUGCAUGGAUCGAGGCUUGUGCAGGCAUUGUGCUCAGGUCUAUCGCUCCUCCGGACGCCCAGUUUGCUGCCCCCAUCGUCACCAACGCUUUCGUCGCAUCUCUGGCUCGGCAGAUUCUUCUUCGAUCCGAAACUGGCGCAGCUGCACGAGCUGGAGCGGCUUCCCUGGAUGCCUUCGAGUCGCAAAAAAGCGGCGCGCUUGAUGCGGAAAGCUUGCAGGAGAGACUGAGCUGCUUCGUCACUCUCUGCGUUCGUCGGCCGCACCUUCUCCACCCUUUUUUCGAAGUAUUUCUGAUCAGUCCUUCUCAUCGUCCAGCGCUCGAAAGGCUCUUCGCGAAGUGUAUCACCCAAGUCUCCCCAGCUUGUCACCCCGAAUACGUCAGACUGCUGCAGUUUUCGGAACCAGAACACGAGCCUCUCGCGCUGCUCCUCAUCGAGCACUGUGUCGCCUUCGCCUUUGCGAAUCCAGAGCAAGACUUAGAGCACCUGCCUGCUCUUGUCGCUGCUGUGUGGGCUCUAGCUGAAGGGGAGCGAGAGAGCGAAAAGGCGAGAAGAGAACCGGGAGAGACAUGUGAAGCUGGAGAGACAACCGGAACUGGAGAGAGAGAGAGAGAGGCAGAGCAACGGAGAAGAGCCAGUGCACUCCGACUCGCGCUUCCGCUUGUCGCCUUCUUUGACCGAGCUCAGCUAGCCGUUCUUCUGCCGAAAUUUAUUUUCGGCGAGUUCAGUGAGACGCAGAUGAAAACAGCUCUGAAGCGACUGUUGACAAUUCCUCUCGAACUCCAACAGAAAGCUUAUCCGGGACGCUCUGUGAUGCCGCCAGAAGACAUUCUCAUGUUGCUCUACAAUCUUCCAUGCACUACAAGCCAGCAACGAAAGAAGCAGACGACAGUGCUAGACUUCUGCCUCGACUUGACGGGGUGCACGAGCCGAGCGGAGUCACCGACUGAGAUUUUUCCAAUCGAUGUCAUCGCCACCACGUGCCAGCGAAUCGCCGACGACGAUUCCCAGCCUAUCUCGGUCAUCUUCGGGCGCCUCCUGUGCCAGGUGGCUCAGAACAUUCCGUCUCUCCGCGAAUUCGUGGCAGGCACAGUCAUGCCCGCUCUCGUCCGAAGGAAGAUCUGGACGAAUCGCAGUUUGUGGAAAGGCUUCGUCAUGGCGACGUCGAUUCUGUGGGCGGAGCGGAAGGACCUGCUUGUGAGAAUGAUUCUCGUCCUCCCCGAAGACAGAACCAGAGACCUCCUCCAGCAUCUCCAGCAGCGGCACCCGGUCACUGCCGACAUCUCGACAUUCCUCUACCAAGACGACCAGGCCCGUCGAUCGUGUCCACAUUACCUGCGAGUUCUUCUAGGUUUGACAAACUAGGUCGCUCGAGACAAACGAAUUGCCCCGGCGCAGGAGAGCUGCGUCUCUUAUGCGAGAGUGUGUCAGUUUCUCAAGCUCGUGUCUGGUCACUGUCGCUCUGCAUGUCGCUGCACUGGGAUUGCACUUUCCGCUGGCUAAGGUUUGUCUUGCAAUCAAAUCUGCGGAAAGCGCUUGCUUCGCGCUAGACAGGAGGAAUGCUUUUUGGAGAAUCUAUGGAGCUUCACUAUAGGGGGUCCCGCGGGUUUUCUGGCAGCCCGUCGCCCACUGUGCCGGCUGACGAGCUUAGUGUUUCUUUGCGGGUUUCCUAGUCCACGAAUGUGGCAUGCGAAACGCGUGCAAGCUUUUUAAGGGCCGCCCUAAGACCACGCUUGGACUACGCAAAUGAACCUUUUUGUGCAGUUCACGACGUGCACGCAGUAUAGGUCAACACGCAUUUACAAGCGACAUCGAUCUUCGUGUGACUCGCGUGUACGUACACUACAGCACGCGUUUGCGAUGCGAGGGAGAAACACGAAAGAACCGUGCAGGAAGACAGGUGUUUGACAAUCUAUAUGUAAUUCUAUAUAUUUGUCAGUUUGGCGCCACAGUGGGUGCUGCAAGUUCUUCGGCACACUGGCUGAACUCUGACGC